AUGGCCUCGUUGCUUGUACCGUGGGUUACCACCGGGUUGCCCAACUGGGAAAAGCUAACUGGUCCCAAGAUCUCCCCAGUUCUCAAUUGGAGUUGUGCCGCCUUCCUAAAGGAAUGUGCCGCAGGAUACGACAGGGGCAAGCUGGCACCUUACCACACCUUUGGGCACGCGGUAGAUGCCACCUUUACCCUCUGGCGCACCUUGGAUCUCAUCGCCGCGGACAUCACCAUUGUGUUUGACGACGAGGCUCUUGCGGAGAUACGAACCCAUGCGUCUGUUCUGACGUUGGCUUCUCCAGUCUUCCGCAAGAUGUUGUCGCAGGAGAUGAAGGAGAAACAGACCAAUGAGAUCAAGUUGCCUGGCAAGUGCCCAGAAGAGUUCAAGGUUCUCCUUGAGUUUCUUCAACCCGCCACUGGCAGGCUUCAAAAGAUUUCGGACGAGAAUGUGGAUUUGCUCCUCCGAUGGUGCGAUGAGUACUGCAUCGAGAGUUUGUACGGUGAGUGCAUUGAAUAUAUCAAGGUUCAGCCACCUUCAGUGCAGCGAGUGGUCCAGGCAUACGGUGCAGGGCUACAUGAUCAUGCAGAGAAGUAUAUUGAUGAUCAGCUCCUGAAAAAUGACGAAGCCGACUGGAGCUCUUGCUACAAGUACCCAGAGCUAGUGCAGAAGCUCCUCGAACGCAGUUUGAAACUCUUGCGCUCGGGACCAAUGCCAAAAGCGCACUUGCACAAGAAUGGGAACCAGCUGCUGUCCCCUGUGCUGUUCGCUUUAAUGGAGGACAUCACCAUUGUGUUUGACGACGAUGCCCUUACAGACAUCCGGACCAAUUCGUCUGUUCUGAUGCUGGCUUCUCCAGUCUUCAACAAGAUGUUGUCGCAAGACAUGAAGGAGAAGAAGACGAAACAGGUUGAGCUGCCUGGCAAGUGCCCCGAAGAGUUCAAGGUUCUCCUUGAGUUUCUUCAGCCUGUGACAGGUCGGCUGCAGAAGGUGUCCGACGAGAACUUGGACUUGCUCCUCCGUUGGUGCGAUGAGUAUUGCAUCGACAUCCUGCACAAAGAAAGCAUUGAGUUUCUUAAGGCUCAACCACCAUCAGUGCAGCGGGUGGUCCAGGCUUACCGCUCAGGGCUCCAUGAUUAUGCGGAGAAGUGGAUUGAUCACCUUCUGAAAAAUGGUGAAAAGGACUGGAGCAUGUGCUACAAGUAUCCAGACCUUGUGCAGAAAGUCCUUGAACGCAAUUUCGAGCUUAUGCCACCACCCCAAUUAGAAGUCUUGUACAAGAAGGGGGAUGCUAGUUAUGAACUGAAGCUCGCGUGCAGGAAAUGUACACAGUUUUAUUGUGUUCCAAGUUGGCACUGCAAAUGGUGCAGGUCCAACUAACAAUUUGAAGUGUCUUGUUUUGGCCCAUGUUUCUCUGGUUCCGGACUCCACUACAGGGACUCCACUACAGUAGGUGCUUGCUCGUCAAGCUUGGACUGGCCCUUGCCGCAGCCGCCGGCGGAAAAA